UAUUCGGUAUUCCUACCACAAAUUGAAGUUGAACUUCACUCCCGAGGCCGGCCUGGCCAACCUUGCCUAUUUAUUUAUUUACUCUCUCUCUCCCUCGCUGGGUGGUUCUUGUCUCGCUCUCUCUCUCUCUCUCUCUCUAUGCUUAGCUCUUGCUCCUUAGUCCUUCCUAUUCACCACCACUGCAUUUGCUCCCAAGAGGCUUACGGACAGCUGAAAUUACUGCAGUUUCUGUACUGUGACCACUUCUAUUCGGGAGUAAAGCAUAAAUUUGGAAUAUGACCCAAUUCCUACAAGCAUCUGCCUUUGAUUUAAGCAAGCAGUAUCAGAUACCCACUGUUUCGAGCUUGAACUCGUGUAAGAGGAAUGGCUGCACCCUUCGAAAAACAAAAGGCUUAUUGUUUCCAGGCAGUUCUGCUGUGGGUACUACGUUAAGGAUUCCUUCUGGAGAUGCUUUUGCAACAAGGCACAAUAGGGCAGCAUCCUCUUUGAAAGUUGUUUGCAUUGACUAUCCAAGACCCGAGCUUGAGAACACUAUCAACUAUUUGGAAGCUGCUCAGUUAUCAUCAUCAUUUCGGACUGCUUCCCGUCCCAAAAAGCCAUUGGAAGUGGUGAUUGCUGGUGCAGGUUUGGCAGGGUUAUCUACUGCGAAGUAUUUGGCUGAUGCAGGUCAUAAACCCAUUUUACUGGAAGCUAGAGACGUCCUUGGAGGAAAGGUGGCUGCAUGGAAAGAUGAAGAUGGAGACUGGUAUGAGACUGGAUUACACAUAUUUUUUGGUGCUUACCCAAAUAUCCAGAACCUGUUUGGGGAGCUGGGAAUUAAUGAUCGUUUGCAAUGGAAAGAGCAUUCCAUGAUUUUCGCUAUGCCAAACAAGCCGGGAGAAUUCAGCAGAUUCGAUUUUCCUGAAUCUCUGCCAGCACCAUUAAAUGGAGUACUGGCCAUCUUGAAGAACAAUGAAAUGCUUACCUGGCCAGAGAAAGUCAAGUUUGCCAUCGGUCUCUUGCCAGCCAUAGUUGGUGGCCAGCCUUAUGUUGAGGCUCAAGAUGGAAUAACAGUUAAAGACUGGAUGAGAAAACAAGGGGUACCAGACAGGGUCACUGAGGAAGUGUUCAUUGCCAUGUCGAAAGCACUGAACUUCAUAAAUCCUGAUGAGCUCUCAAUGCAAUGCAUCUUGAUUGCAUUGAACAGAUUUUUGCAGGAAAAACAUGGUUCAAAGAUGGCCUUUUUAGAUGGAAAUCCGCCUGAAAGACUUUGCAUGCCAAUCGUCGAUCAUAUUCAAUCAAGGGGCGGAGAAGUUCGUCUAAAUUCAAGAAUACAGAAGAUUGACCUAAAUGAAGAUGGGAGUGUCAGAAGUUUUAUUCUGAAUGAUGGAAACACUAUUCAAGGAGAUGCAUAUGUAUUUGCAACUCCAGUUGAUAUACUGAAGCUUCUUUUGCCUGAGGACUGGAAAACAAUUCCAUAUUUCAGAAAAUUGGAGAAAUUAGUUGGAGUUCCAGUUAUAAAUGUUCAUAUCUGGUUUGACAGGAAACUACAAAACACAUAUGAUCAUCUACUUUUCAGCAGGAGUUCGCUUCUAAGUGUGUAUGCUGACAUGUCUGUAACUUGUAAGGAAUACUACAGCCCAAAGGAGUCGAUGCUGGAGUUAGUUUUUGCACCUGCAGAAGAAUGGAUAGCGCGCAGUGAUGAAGAAAUCAUUGGUGCGACGAUGAGGGAACUUGAAAAGCUGUUCCCAGAUGAGAUUGCGGCUGAUGGGAGCAAAGCAAAGAUUUUGAAGUACCAUGUUGUCAAGACUCCAAGGUCUGUAUAUAAGACGAUACCCGGAACAGAGCCUUGUCGGCCCUUACAAAGAUCUCCCAUAGAAGGAUUCUACCUGGCUGGUGACUAUACAAAGCAGAAAUACUUGGCAUCAAUGGAAGGUGCUGUACUGUCGGGAAAGCUUUGUGCUCAGGCCAUUGCACAGGAUUGCGAAAUGCUGCUGCUGGGUGGAAGAGCUCGUCCCAAAACUUUGGCAGAAGCAACAACUGUGUGAACUCACUGCACAUAUCAUCUCUCUCUCAUAUCAUCACUAUCAUAAUUCAUAUAUGUAUAAAGUAGAGAUCACACACUGCACAACUUAAAGGCAGGCAGGUAGGCUGGCUGGCUGGCUAUGAGAACAGAAACCAAAUGGUUGAUUAUUUGAUUGAUUGGAGUAGAGAGACCCAUGGUCAUGCCCAUCCGUGGAAACUUAAAUUAAUUGGGUUGCAACUUGCUAGCAAAGUUGUAUAUGCCUUGUCUUA